AUGGAGAGCUUUAUGGAGUCUCUGAACAGGCUGAAGGACAUCCAUGAGAAGGAGGUCCUGGGUCUGCAGAACAAGCUUCUGGAGCUGAACUCUGAGAGAUGCCGGGACGCCCGGAGGAUGGAGGAGCUGUUCGCCAAGAACCACCAGCUCCGGGAGCAGCAGAAGGCGCUGAAGGAGAACGUGACGGUCCUGGAGAACAGGCUACGGGCUGGCCUGUGUGACCGCUGCGUGGUGACCCAGGAGCUGGCCAGGAAGAAGCAACAUGCGCUUGAGAGCUCCCAUGUGCAGAACCUGCAGCACAUCUUCCUCCUGACCACCGAGUUGACCCGGCUGAAGGAGGAAAAGAAACUCUUGGAGGAGGAGUUGAAGCGGCUUCGGGGCCUGGAGGUGCGGCCCGGGGCCCGGGCGUGCCCCACCGACUACAGCCCCACCAGUGGGACACCCCCGCCCCCCAGGAGCAGCCCGCCCAGCCCUGCCUCUGAGCCCGGCUUCCCCCUGGACAGGCCUUCAUGUGGCUCCGCCCUGCCCCACAGCCUCCUGCGGGCCUCCUGGCCCUCCGUCAUGGCCUUCGAGACCCUGAAGACCUCCGUGAAGGCUGACCGCCUGGGCUUCCUGAGCCGCCACCUGGCUCUGCACCUCCGCAACCCCCGCAGCAGCCCCCUGCCCCCCACCACGGCCCCCGGGGGCCCCCAGCCAAAGAGCUUGAAGGCCGUGGAGGCCAAGGGCUGGGAGGAGCCCACAGGCCUGCUGGGCCUGCCAGGGACCAUGGUGGACCCAAGGGACCCACGGCUGGAGGGCACCCUGCAGCUGUUCCUGGCCCGGCAGCAGCUUCGGGCCCAGGCAGGCAGUGCCAGGCCAAAGGGCCUGCCUGUGCCGGGGGGCGGGCCACCCUCCCUGCCUGCAGGCUCAGACUCCGAGGGCCCCGAGGACAUCGAGGUGGCCGGGGCAACAGUGACCAGAGCAGCCUGGUACAGGGAGCAGUGUUCACAGCCCACAGGCCCAGGCAGCCCCCGGGGGCAGGUGGCCAUGGCUGCACAGGAGUAUGCCCCAGACCAGCCCCUCGAUCUCUCAGACCGGGGCCGCAGCUGGGAUGCCCACAAGCCUGCCCACUGCCAUGGGUCGCUCAGCCCCCCAAGCACUCACCUUCCCAGCCCAGAGUCACCCCGGGGAGCCGAGCCACGUGGCCAGUCUGGACCCAUGAUCCCCAACCCUCAGCUGCUCAGCAAUGGCACCAAGGGGCCCAAAGCCUGGGAGCCUGAGGAGGCCCCAGCCCCAGUGAGCCCCCCACAGCCUUUCCCAGGGCAGCACCCCAGCUUGCCCUCUCCAAGUGGGACCAAGAAUGAGCCCAGGAGGAAGCCCAGGCCGCUCACUCACCAGCAGCAGCCUGAGGAAGGCCACACAGAGUCCAGCAAAGCCGAGGUGCAGAGGCCAGAGUCUGACGGACGGGAUGAGCCAGACACCUCGGACAGUGAGCAGCGGGAGGUGGCCCCGGGGCGCACCGUGCGCCCUCCAGGGCUGCGGCUCCAAGAGUGUUUGCCGAGGGCGGUGCUUUGGGCUCAGGUCCCCGGAAACGGACGCAGGGGCCGCCGGCCCUCUCACUUCCUGCUCCGGCAUCAGGGCGGCAGCUCGGCGGCCUCCUGGCGCCGAGAGCUUCCAGCACCUCAUCUCCGCGCGGCCCUGGGUCCUGGAGAAGGCCACCCAGCUGUCGGCCCGCGGGGAGCUCGGGCGGCCCGAGGCCCCCACGCCGAGCUGAGCGCCCCCGUGUGGCUGAAGCCCAGGAGGCAAGCAGCCCCCAAAAAGUCCUCUGGAGGAACAAGGGAGCCGCCAGCAGUGGACGGGGGGCCUGGGAGCCUGCAGGACGCUGAGGACAGUGGUUCCUCACCCAGCAGCCGGGGCUGGGAGGAGACCUAG